AUCAUUUGAUUGAUCACAUGGUUUGUUGUGUUGUGACUGACCAUCGAUGACGAUAUUAAACAAAUGAAACGACGACACUAUUAUCAAAUUAUCAGUGAAUACCGCCGAUUGCGGUCACUAUACGGAACCGAUUUGAGACAAAUAUGUCUACAACUGAUCCGACAAUUUGGUCAAUUAAUUGCUUCGUACAACAGUAGCGAUCGGACCGCUGCCGCAACAGUUGCCGAUAAUGACACCGAUCGUAGUGAUGAUCAGCAUUGGAUUCAGUGUGUGAUCUAUAGUUUGGCCGCCUAUGAGUUCAAGUGUGAGAUCAAGCCAUCAGCGGCCAGUGUGACGGCCGCUAUUGCUUCCUAUGGCGUGUCCAACAACAACAACAUUAAGUCGUUGAUGAACAUCGCCCAAGAAGUCGGUAUCAGUUACACAAUGGCCGCACAAUACGUAUUACAGAAUCGCUACAAUCACGACAAAAGUUUGACAAAAACAAUGUCCGCAAACACCAGUCAUAUAGCGGACGGUCGACUGGCCGUCGAUGUAAUGCUUUGUCACUUAAAUGAUAUCGUUUUUGGCAAUCAUUCCAAUCAUAUGACAAACAACUCGGGACUGGUAUUCGAGUCGGAGGUCAGCCAACUGUUACAUCGAAACGACAUCUCAUACGUUAGCGAACGUCAGCUGCGAAUAGACGACUGUUUCGAUGUGACUCCGGAUUUCAAACUCAAUGUACCGCUGAUCGUGAAGACAUUAGGCGUCGCCAACAACACUGUUGCAGCCAAUCAUUGUACCGAUGGAUCAGAUAUUUGUUUGAUUAAAGUAAACAACUAUUUUGCGAAAAACAAUACAAAGUUUAUCGUCGACAACGACAGUACCGCAAACUAUACGCCAAUCAAUUGGAUUGAAUGCAAAUCAAUGUUUGCAUCGGAUUUGUGUCACUCAAAGUAUUACCGAAAUCAGUACUCAAAUUAUGUAAACCGUUUCGGUUCAGGACUUGUCAUCUAUAAGUACGGUUAUGUUAGGCCAGUGCCGGUACAAUACACACUAAAUAUUAUUAUUACCGAUAGAUUGCCUAAAAUUAUGCACACAUUUUAG